GGAGCAGGUACCAGGGAUCUCACAGGUGUCCGAAGUCAUAGAUGCCAUACAUAGUUGCAUGCAUACCACCAGCAUUAGCUGCGCGUCUGCUCCGCCUCGACUAGUGCAUCCUGUGACUACAUUAAGGUCCAAUUGAUAGAUCCACCAUGAUCAUCAUGCCCAGCCAAAUGGUAACAAUGUUCACAGCCUCCCCUUGAUCGGUUCCCGGUUCAUUCAUAAGAAGAUGAAAAAAGUGUGCACGCGAAACUUGGGCUCCUAUUGCUCGAGCGAAUAUCUGCAGAUGGAAUAUUCGGUUGACGAUAUCGCAACGGCCAAGAAUUUGCAAUUCUUAGCAUACAUUUACAUAUCGACGGCGACGUUCUGGACCUAUGAUUUUGUAUGUUCACUUCACGAAGAGUGGACAUUCCUACUCCGAUCACGCUGGACAAAGGUAAAAGGCCUUUAUACCAUUGCACGGUAUGUACCAUUUGUCCUGAUUAUCUUGGACUUAUGCUUGGCCUUGACCCAAAACGAGAAUCCAAAGAAAUGCCAGAUAUUGAACAAUAUUUCCUCAUUUUUUGCAGUGAUAUCACUCACUUUCUCUGAAUGCUUUUUUAUUCUCAGAACGUAUGCACUCUGGAACAACAACAGAAUCGUACUCGUAGCCAUGCUGUCCGCCCUUUUUCCAGGUAACCAUCGUAUCGUCCAUCGCCAUUUUGCUUGUCACCGGUGCUCCUUCUGAUGUCACGACUGGCGCGAUCCCAUGCAUCCAAGGCUGCUCCUGGAGCUCACACGACAUUCGAUUAUUCUUGCCUUUCAUCCUCGCG